CCUCUUCCGUAUCCGGUGAAUUGCUUUUUCUCUGGUCGCCAGAACCUUGCCUUCGCUGGAUUCUCUCACUUUCCUCACACUCUCUGUUGGGCUGGUUCAUCUAGAAAACAUCUCUCACGGUCCGUCUUCCCCAAUCGCGUAGGUUGGAACCAGUGGCACCUGCUGCCAUCACUCCACUGCUCCUCCGGCCCUAUAUGAAUUCCCCAUAACCCCGCCGAAUUCCUCCACUCCUCCUAGAUAUCCGAACCCCCAUUUCCACACAACACCUCCAUAGUCCACAUACAUUCCUUAUCAACAUGGAUACACUACUCACUGCGGAGAUAUACGCCAACUCGCCCCGCUUCAGGCGGCGGUCGAGUACUUUCGUCGAUGCCAUCCAUGAUCUUCCGCCCCAGGAGGAGAUGGCCCCGGCGCAAUUGUACAGCACAGAAUCAGGACGACUGUUUCACGCCGGCAGGAUAGUACUUGCCACUGUAGGACUGCCAGCCCGCGGAAAGACACACACCUCGGUGGCCAUAGCACGGUAUCUGCGCUGGCUCGGGGUCAAGACGCAUGUAUUCCAUCUCGGUGAUUAUCGAAGAGCUACUGUGGGCCCUGGAAAAGAUGUGCCUGAUGAUUACUUCUUCCUGAAUGCCUCUCCUCAAUCAGUCCUAUUGAGGAACAAGAUCCUGAAGAAGUGUAGAGAAGACAUCUAUCACUUUCUAGAACACGACAACGGCCAGGUCGCCAUCUACGAUGCUGUUAACGCCAUUUCCCAGGGACGCAAAUCACUCGCGAAGGAGUUCGCUAAGCAUGGGAUUCAGACUGUGUUCAUCGAAUCGCACUGCACCGACCCGCGCAUCAUCCAAGAGAAUGUGCGCCGGGUGAAGAUUUCCUCACCCGACUACAAAGGCUGGAACGAUGAAGACGCCAUCCGAGACUACCUCGCACGUAUAGCCGCCCGGAUACCCCAUUUCGAGACCAUGGAGGAGCCGGAUCUGCAUUGGAUCAAGAUAAUAAACGCCGGCGAGCGUGUGAUCGUGAACAACUGCGCCUUCAACUACCUGUCCCAACGAAUCGUCUUCUACCUCCUCAAUCUGCAUAUCAAAUCCCGGCAAACGUACUUUGCACGUGCCGGAACCGCUCGCGAGGAGGACUCCUAUAAGGCGGAUGCGCCUCUCUCCGAGGAGGGCCGUGACUAUGCCAGAAAGAUGAGCGAAGUGCUGCUGAAGUACCGCGAAGAGGAGAAGCAAAAACUGAAGGAACAGGGUGCCCCGGAUGCUGAGCUCAAGCCCUUGACCAUCUGGACAUCGACACGGCGCCGCACAGUUCAAACGGCAGAGUACCUGGCCGCGAUGGGCUACCGUGUCCGGCAGCGGUCUCAGAUGAGCCAGAUGAACCCUGGUGUGUGCGAGAAGAUGUCAGAGGAACGCAUCCGCAAGGAAUUCCCAGAGGAGGUGAAGAAACAUGAAGCCGAUCCAUACCAUCAUCGCUAUCCCCGCGCAGAAUCCUACCACGAUCUUGCUGUCCGCAUGGAGCCUAUCAUUCUCGAAUUGGAGAGGGAGCAGAAUGAUCUUCUAAUCAUAGCACACGAAUCCGUGCUCCGCGUCCUAUACGGCUACCUUAUGGCUUGCAGCGCCGCCGACAUUCCCAAACUCGACUUUCCCCGCGACGAAAUUAUCGAGAUCAUCCCCUCUAGCUAUAACAACGUCGCCAAGCGCAUCAAAAUUCCCGGCCUCCCAGAACGCAUAAUCCCCGGCAGUCCAGAAGACAUUAAGAUCCCGGUCCCACCAAGCGGUAAUGUAAGUCCCUUCCCUGGCAUCGCGACUCCGCGAGCCGGCGGGACGCCGCAGUCUGGUCGUUCGGGAACCGCUACCCCCCUGACGCAGCAUGCACCUGCACACCCCGCAACAUACGCCCCUCGCGUUGGGACUCCCCUAUCUCAAUCUACGACUAUCGAUACUAUUGAAGCUGCAUCUACACAAACCUCGGUAGAACCUCUACCAUUGAAGAAGACUCCUAUUAACCCGCUUGAUUAG